AUGCAUUUGUCACUUCUGUUGGGGCUUGGGGGAGCUUUGCUCGCAUCGGCUCGACCACUUGGAAGCGGUUCUAUCGUCAAGCGAUCUCUUCCUCAGUGUGCGAAUGAUGCAGUCUGGCUUCAGCUCCAGGAAUCCUCGUUGCAAGCACAGGCGAGUGCGUUCUGCAGCGCGUAUAUCGAACACACUGCGACUCAAAUUGUUACUGUAUACCCGACAACAACCGCAGAGACCGCCACAAUCACUGACACAAUAACCGUCGAUACCACUGUUACCGACACUUCAAACAUCAUAGACACGGUCACCUCCUGGUAUUCCAGCACGGACAUUAUCCAAGUCACUAUUACGAGCGUGAUUGAGGAUGUUGUCCAAACUACUGAUUUCAUCACAACAACUGAUGCCACAGCAAUUAGUACUGCCAUUGAUGUGGUGACAACCACUGUGACCGAUACUACGCUAACCAGCACUGUGGUAAACACCGAUGAGAUCACUACAACAGACACCACAGUCUAUGCAACGCAAACCGCGACAUUGAGUAUGACUAUUACGGAUGCUACCGUGAUCAAGACGGUAACCAGUGUUCAAACUGCCACGGUCACUCUUGCCCAAAGAACAGUCGAUGUCGAGACGGAGAAUGAUCAUGAAGAAGAAGAAGAAGAAGAAGAAGGAGAAGAAGAAGAAGAAGAAGAAGAAGAAGAAGAAGAAGAAGAAGAGUUCGAUAGCUGUGGAGCACCAGAGCCGGAAUGCACCUCCUCCGAGUGUCUAUUUAGCAGCUGGCUGUCCGAAGUUAGCACAAUCGCAACUAGCGGCCUUAGCAGUGCUUGCUCUUGUCUGGUUGUACCUGCUACCACCACGACCACCAUAGUAACGACUGCUUCUCAAAGCACACCGGUAUGCUUUUAUUUGCCACCCUUUCCCCUCCCAUCUUCCAGUACGAGCAGAUCAACUGAUCAUUACAAGCAGCCUUCCAUAUUUGUAACUGCCACAAGUCGCGUCACAGCCUAUCAGACCCAAGCCAGCAGCAGUCGCGUUGUUGUGUCUGCAUCCACAAUCAUUGAUGAGACUUCAUCCAUCCCCCUUUUUGUCACCCGGACUCGUACAUCGCCAACCACUAAAUACGUUUAUGCCACUGCCUCCUCAUCUGCAAGGGUAACUCGUGUUGCCACCAGCGAUCAAACAGCCAGCACCACAGUAACGUCCGUCGAAACUGUGACUAUUGACGAGACUGCCUCUGCGACAACUACCAUAACUGCCACUGCUACCAUCCUCGAAACAGCUUCCAGCACUGUUUCAAUAACAGAGACCGCCACGGCAACCAUUACUCCUACGGCUUGUGCCCAACUGUCAAGUCCUUACGAUGAUUCUGUUAAUGGGGUGACAUUUGAUCUUGACUGCAACUAUGAGUAUUCUUAUAGUACUAGCAAGAUUGUGGGUUUGGACAUGGGUUAUACCUUUAAAGAGUGUAUGGACGCAUGUGCAGCACUGUCUACAUGCAAUUAUUUGCAAUAUGACAGGUCUUCAUCCGAAUGUUUCCUGCUUAGUGGAAUUCUCAGUGGCCAAGCCGAAAGUGGUGUAGACGUGGCAUUCGCGAGCAGAUGA